ACCAGCAACCGCACCAAUCCAACACAACACCACCAGCUAAUCAGCCCAAACCAAACCGGCAGCGAUGUGGAACCCCAAGCCCUUCCUCCUCGCCAUCUCUCUCUGCAUCUCGGCCCUGUCGACAUGCACGGCGGCCGGUGGCGGCAAGCCCCUGGUCUCGGCGGUCACCAAGGACGCGUCCACCUCGCUCUACACAGCGCCGCUUAAGGACGGCCGCCCGCUGGUGCUCGACCUCUCCGGCCCGGUCAUCUCCCUGACGACGUGCUCCUCCAAGAACGGGACGGUCACGUCGCUCUCCGCGAACGCCACCAACGGCGCGAACCCGCUGUUCCAGGUGUCCUUCCCCGCCGCGGCCUCUUGCGGCGCGCCGACGAAGCUGCCAGCGGGCGCCGUCGGCGUCGCGGGGCUCGGGCCCUCGGGCCAGUCGUUCCUCGCGCAGGUCGCGCGCACGCAGAAGGUCGCCAACAAGCUGGCGCUCUGCCUCCCCAGCGACGGCAAGACGACGAGCGGCAACAGCGUGGGCGUGGCCAUCUUCGGCGGGGGGCCCCUGAUCUUCCCGGACCGGGGCGACUUCACGACGAUGCUGGCCGGCACGGCUCCGCUCCGCGGGUUCAACGGGUCCCCCGGGUACUACGUCACCGCCACCGGCAUCGCCGUGGAGAAGACCCGGAUCGGCGUGCCCGGGCCGCUGGUCGUCGGGUUGAGCUCGACGGCCCCCUACACGACGCUCCGCCCCGACGUGUACGCCGCCUUGGUGAGGGCGUUCGACCAGGCCGCGACCGGGCCCAACUUCCCCUGGAUGUCGAGGGUCGCCGCCGUGUCGCCCUUCGAGCGGUGCUACAACUCGACGAAGCUGCCGCCGACGCGGCUGGGCUACGCCGUGCCGGAGAUCGACCUGGCCCUCGAGGGCGGGAGCACCUACUUCGUGUCCGGCGGCAACUCCAUGGUGCAGGUGAGCGCCAACACGGCCUGCCUCGGGUUCGUCCGGGCGGCCGGCCAGGCGCCCGCGGCAGUGCUCGGCGGGUUCCAGAUGGAGAACCGCCUGCUGGUGCUCGACGUGGAGAAGAAGCAGCUCGGCUUCACCACCUUUCUCAAUGGGGUAGGGCUCUCCUGCAGCAACUUCAACUUCACCCUCGCCGCCUAGUGCGGUGCUGAAUCUCGACGCUGCACUGGACUGUAUUGUAAUAACAGCUUUCGCUGUGUAUCAAUAAAUUGGAGUGUUCCAGACUGAUCGAUGAUGCGGAUCAGCAUUGCAGCAAA